AUGGUGCGUGUAAACGUAAGUGAGGGCUUGUUGGAGGGAGAAUUGGUGCAGAACGAGUAUGGGGGCACAUUCUACAGUUUUAAAGGCAUUCCUUAUGCUCAACCGCCGGUCGGAAACCUCCGCUUCAAGGCUCCAAAACCACCAAAACCAUGGGCUGGAGUGCGCGAUGCGAAACAAUUUGGCUCGAAAUGUGUUCAAUUCGAUCUUCUAACUAAAAAGCUUUUGUCGUUUAAUUUAACUCCAGAUCAGAAAGUGGAGGUCGGAAAAAAAAUAAAAAAAUAUUAUUUUAAUGACAAAACUGAUUUUUUGGAUAGUUGGGAACAAUUAAAGAAGUUCUAUUCUAUGGAGAUGUUUGUGUACGGUAUAGUUAAUUUCGUUAGACUUUGUGCAAAGAAGGACAAAGCGUAUUUAUACAAAUUCACUUGCAAGUCUGAGAGAAAUGUUUUCGUCCACAUACUAGGCCUUACGGAAAUCAUUAAAGACAAACCAGUGACAUGUCACAUUGACGAUAUAUUUUACUUAUUUAAUGCCAAGUUAUUGCCAAAUAAAGUUGAUAAGAACUCUGAAACAUUCCAGUUUAUGGAGAAAGUCAUCAAACUUUGGACCAACUUUGCCAAAUAUGGGUAA